GAAUCCUGUCGGACAGUUUCUGCUUGGCCAGCAGAUUCUCAGCCCGCCAGCCUGCCAUGCACUGCAAGGGCGAGCAUGAUCCGAUCACGAAAAAUCAGGUACCUACCGUCGCUACCCCACUCCAACAUUGGCAACAGGGAUUUCAGAUUGCGCUGCCCAGCUGGUACCUACCCUCUACCGUAGAAAUGAUCAACAAUAGGUACCGUUCACUGUCUUCCUCUGGGAUCCUCCCCUUCAAAGCUCAACGCAGAUAUCAUGUGGCCUCCAACUUCACCUGAACCUUUGAGGCCAAAAAGUGCCCAUCUGCAAUUUUUCUUUCCAAAUCUCUUCGUAGGGAAGCGAACAAUUUGAACUACCAACGAUCACACAGGUGCACAGCGAUCAUGGCAGCUACCAAGGCCUUUAUCGCCGUCCUAGCUCUCUCUGCGCUGACAGCCGUCAGCGCGCAGACGGUCAGUGUCUACAAUGGCACUUACUCUGCGACCACCCCAAACAACGCGCUCUUCACGGGGCCGAUCACACCGGACCCGUGCACCAUCGGGCCAUCUUACUGGUGCCUGAGCGACGCCAACAUGAGACGGUGCCAGGUGUAUAACGUCACUGUCGGAGUGUGCGGGUACAGCUCUGGCAAGUGCAACAGCAGCUCUGUCCAGGACUUUUGCGCCCAGAACCCCACCGCACUCCGCUUCAAUGGCGGUCUCACCAACGCGCCCCCCGGCAAGUUCGGCUACUAUGCCCUUGCCCUCUACUGGGCACCCACUUCCUGCAGCGCAAACUCGACCGCCGGGGGGGGCUUCUGCUCCAGCUACACUCUGGCUGGCACCCAGGGCUCUCAGAACCUGGUUCUACACGGCCUGUGGACCGACUACGGUUCUCUCUACACCACCGAGCCUGCUGCGCCCGCUUACAACGGUUCCUACCAGGGCUGGAACCAGUACUGCUCCGCGACAGGGCCCGGCAGGAUUGACUACUCCAGGUGCCACGUCAACGGCGGGCUCUGCCCGUGGGCCAAUGCGACGGCCGCCAACUUUACGCAAUCUAACUACGAGCAGUGCAUGCGCGCCAACGGUGUAACGCAGUGCCAGGUGGAAGAGGCGACCGUUUCGGCCCUGCAGGCGGACAUGGCCCGGUACGCACCGGGUUUCCUGGGUGCGGACCGCACCUUCCUCGACCACGAGUUCUUCAAGCACGCCUCCUGUGUGGGCGGUUACUUAACCGACAACAAAACCGCCUUCUUCGAGACCGCCAUUGGCAUCACCAAGCAGCUGACCGCCAACGGUUCCUGGGCCGAUGUGAACGUGCACCAGAAGCGCGGCACCGCCGUCGAUACCACCGCCUUCGUCAACUCGAUGAACAACACGGCCAUCCCCCAGUGCGACAGGAACUGCCAGCUGUCCGAGGUCUGGUACUGCUACGGGCGCGACGCGGCCGGCUUCCCGACCGAGCUCAUCACGUGCCCCAUCGGCACCCUGGGCUCCAACAACUGCAAGUCUUGCCCGCAGAUCUUGAUUCCUGAUUACAGCGCGGGCACCGUCCGCCGCAUUGUCUCCAGCCGCAAGUUGUUGUAGGCGAACGAGUCUAACUUAUAUUCGUUACAACACGUGUCAGACAAGCAAAAUUCUGUAACACGGGUCAGUCAGCCGGAGUUUCAGAGUUGAUUUUGUUUCGAAGCCAAGACAUGAUCCCGGGACCUUGAUAGGUGACACGUCCCUGAGGUCCUUCUAGAGUUCUUAAAUUUGCCCGGUUCGAGUAAUUUUAUAAAUUGAUAGACUUGGUUGAGUCAUAAACGAGUUUGGAAUUGAGCGAGUUUCGUAAGAAGGGAGCAAACCCGACGCGGAGUGGUUUCACGCCAGUUUCUAGUACCAAUAUUGGGAGGCGCUAUCCUCAACAACGGGGAUUGUUUGUCGAACUAUAAAGGCUAUGGAAUGCGGCUACCAAAUGCGGCAUGCGACAUCUCCCAGCACACAUGUAAUUUUAACAUAUUCAUCUUUUGCGGCAU